UUGAAAUCUAGGAGGACAGAUAGAGGGAUCGGGGCAGAGGCCGAGGGGACCGGGAGAUAGGCUGGGAGGCCAAGGCAGCCCAGUGGGAAGCGGGGCUGUUUCCGGUCAGGCGGCCUAACAAGAGGAAACUGGCCACCCUGGACAGGCAGGAGAGAAUGCGUCUCUCCAAAGCCCUUGUCGACAUGGAGAUGGCCGAUUACAGUGCUGCCCUGGACCCAGCCUACACCACCCUGGAAUUUGAGAAUGUGCAGGUGUUGACCAUGGGCAAUGAUGCAUCGCCAUCUGAAGGUGUCAACCUCAAUGCCCCCAACAGUCUCGGUGUCAGUCCUCUGUGUGCCAUCUGUGGGGACCGUGCCACAGGCAAGCAUUAUGGGGCCUCCAGCUGCGAUGGUUGCAAGGGCUUCUUCCGCAGGAGUGUGAGGAAGAACCACAUGUACUCAUGCAGGUUUAGCCGACAAUGUGUGGUAGACAAGGACAAGAGGAAUCAGUGCCGUUACUGCAGGCUGAAGAAAUGCUUCCGGGCAGGAAUGAAGAAGGAAGCGGUACAGAAUGAACGGGACCGGAUCAGUACACGGAGAUCAAGCUAUGAAGACAGCAGUCUUCCAUCCAUCAAUGCCCUUCUGCAGGCUGAAGUACUCUCCCAGCAGGUACCAGGCCAACCUUACCAGGAUAGCAGUGGGUCAUAGGGGUGGAAGAGCAGCAAACAAGAGGCAUGGAGUUUUACCAGAAUGCUGCAAGGAUCAAGGGGAAAUGCACUUCAAAUCUUUCAAGAGAGCUAUAGAACACUAGAACUUUAUGUAUUCUAUUUCUUCUUUUGUUCAUUUGGGCAGUUUAUAUUUUUGUAAAUAUUUGUCCAUUUCACUUAGACUGUCAGAUUUAGUGACAUAGUCUGGGCAAAAUAACUCCUAAUCAUUGCUCUAAUUUCUUCUUCAGUGAUUGUGGUUUCACCUUUUUCAUUUUUGAUAUGGGUAAUUUGGUUUCCUUCUUUCAUUUUUAAAGUCACAUAAACCAGUGGUUUAUCUAUUUUAUUUAUUUUUUCAUUAAACCAGCUCCUUGUCUUAUCCAUUAGUUCAAUGAUCUUCUUACUUUCAAUUUUAUUUCUCUCUCCUUGACCUUAGAACUUUACAACAGAAAACAUCAAAUGUUAGUGCUAAGAGGAAUCUUAGAGCAAAGAAUAUUAGUAAUGGAAAGGAUCUCAAAACAAAGGAUGCAAGAGCAGUAAGAGACCCUCUCAUUAAGUCCACCUUUCUCUUUAAAAAAAAAAUUAGAGCCAAAGAGAAGGAGCAAUUUAGCCAGGAUCACACAUAAAGUUCUUGCAGAACUGAAACGGCUAGGGGACUGGUUAGGUCCCCUAAAUCUUACAGAAUUUUCUGAUUCCAAAUAGCCAGAAACAUAUCAGGAAACCACAGCUCUUAAAUACUAGCAGGGAAUAAAUUGAUUUCCACUAUCCUCUCUCCCCAACCCUCAUCGAGGUUGGCCUUUUCCUUCUUUGAAAAAUGAAAAGUUUUGGGAGUAACUGGGUAGCACAGUAGAUAGAGUGCUGGACCUAACUA